AUGUAUUCCAAGUACGGGAUUCCUGAUGAGUUAGUAUCAGACAAUGGUCCUCAGUAUGCGAGCAAGGAGUUCAAAGAUUUUACCAAAGAGUAUGGAUUUACACACACAACAUCUAGUCCAUUGUAUCCUAAAUCUAAUGGACAGGCGGAGAGAAUGGUGCAGACAGUCAAGCGGCUUCUCAAGAAAAACACAGACCCUUACAAAGCAUUGAUGGAUUAUCGCAACACAGAAAUCCAAGGGCUAGGACAGUCACCCUCACAGAUGUUUCUAGGACGUCGUCUGAAAACAAACUUAUCUAUUGCAGCAGAUCUACUUCGUCCUAAGAACAACAACAUGCAGAAGAAACAACAAGCCAGACAGUUGCAGUACAAGAAAUUUUAUGAUCGCACAGGAACUAAGAGUCUUCCGAAUUUGGACACAGGAGAUAACGUUAUGCUACAAGAUGGCAAAACAUGGAGACACGCGACCGUGGAAUCCAAACUACCACUACCAAAAUCCUUUAUCGUAUCGUGUGAUGGGAAAAAGUAUCGUCGAAACCGCUGUAUGCUGAAAAAGACAAAUUCCGUAAAACCCACACAGGAAGUCAGUGAGGAUUUCGAUUUCCAGAUUCCAGAGAGUAGUGCUGAAGAACAUGUUCCGCUAAAGCCGUCUUCAGAGUCUCACGAGUGCGCAAAACAAACUCCUGAUGAAACCGUCAAAACCAGAUCAGGACUUACUGUGAAAGUUUCAUCCAAAUUUGCAGACUAUGUUAUGCAACCAGUUUAA